UUUCCCAUACUUGAAAAGGGGACCUACGCGAGAUCACACGAGUGGAGGAAAAGACGGUUCUUUUCUGUACUUGAAGUCAAAAGCGAGGACUGUCGUCGCAUCACUUCUGGGCCCUCAACUGAAUGCAAGCACCCUUUGUGUGAUGCGUUUUUACUACACGAUAAAAGGCCCGACCAACGCUGUACUCGCUGUCAAGACUCGGAGCACUGCCGAUGGGGAUUUCAACGAUGUGUGGAAAAGCGACCGCCCUACUGAGUUCCACCACUUCACUGAGGCAUUUGUGCCCUUCCACGAAACUUCAGAUUUUGAGGUAUCCAUCGAAGGCCACAUAGAAGAGGGAAGAAAUGCUCAUGGUUAUAUUGCGAUUGAUGACAUCACUUUCCUUGACAGCUGUCAUGCUGCUUCAGGUCCGCUGCCCAAGAGGUCAGCUGAAACCACCACUUCCACACCAUCAAACUGCUCGCAUGGCGAGUUUGCCUGCCUGUCCGUCACCCACUGCAUUCCGGCGAGCCAGCUGUGCGAUUUCCUCAAACAGUGUCCCGACGGUUCGGAUGAAAGCCACUGCGGUGCCUGCGACUUCUCGAAGGACAUGUGCGGUCUUCAGGCCGCCCGCACGCAGAGCCAGCCACGCUGGACCCGUCUAUCAGCCCUCAUGGUUUCCAACAACCGGAUGCGUUUUCCUUCCCUGCCUCGUGAAGACAGCAGUCGCAACGAGCGUGGCUUCUACGCCGCCUUCCUCAAGACGGACGCCGCUGUUCCCAGGGGUCGCAACACAGCCUUGAUGACACCGCAGCUGGGGGCGAUGGGCCAUACGUGCCGGCUCACCUUCUAUACAUUUCUGCCUAAACAGAACCUGCCGGUAUACAUUUCCGUGGACGUUGUGGAAACGCUCAGAGAUACGGACAAGGUACGGACUCUCAAGAAGAACGUGCUACGUGCUUGGGAGGGUGAAGAGCAAGUUACCUGGAAGAUGCAGGCAGUAAACGUCGGAAACCGACGUCCCGGCACCAGAUUCUACUUUUCUGCUGGUGAGAAUGCCAGCAUCGACGACAUCGAGUACCAUCAUUGCCACCCUGACGAGACAAAGGAAGAAUCUGUUAACUGCACUUUUGAAAAAAAGAGCGGGUGCGGUUGGUACCCAGAGAACAUCGCGGACUCCGGUGAUUGGGAGAUAAUCUCUGGCAACCCUUCCUUUGCCAUACCGGACCACACCACUGGAAACGUUGGGCGCUCGCGCGCCUCGACGAGGGCCUACCUCGUCUACGAGGUUGCCGUUACUCGGCGCGGGUCUCCGCUCGCCGUUGCCGGCUCGCUGGGUGCCUGCCUUUCGAGCGCCCCGAGGACCUGCUGGACCGCCCAGAGCUGUCGGUCUUGGUCGUAG